UUUUGCUCUUAUGAUACUCGAAAUAUGCCCUAAAGAUAAUGUCUCAUAAUCGAUAUUUAUCGAUAAUAAGAAAAUGGCAGGAGUUAUCUAAAUAUACCAUAUGAGAGUCUAGAUACCAAAUUUUGCGCAUUUACCUCUUUUAAUUCUCGAAAUAUGCCUAAAAAACAAUGUCUCUAAAUCGAUAUUUAUCGUUAUUAAGAAAAUUGCAGGAGUUAUCGAAAAAGCGUUGAAUGAAAAGAUCGUUUGGCAUAUGCCACAGAAGAGUAUAUGUUGUUUAUCAUAUAUAUAUAUAUAAACAAGUACUCAAGCAACUUGAUUGUUUUUGUUUUUGUUGCAUGCUGCACUGAUCCCGGCCCUUGAGCUAGAGUCCCCUCUUCAGUUAACGUGUUAGCCAUAAAUUGAUUUGAUUUUGUUCCUACGAUUACGUAGAAUUCACUGAUUAGAUUUACGUGUGCGUGCCAAGAUUACCGAACAGCUCGUCCACUCGGACCUUUCAGUGCAACUACGCCUGCUGAUCUGGGCAAACACAACUCGAUAGAGUCCAGCGUGCAAUGGGCCAAUAUUAUAGAAUCUGUUUGCUGCUAGCCAGCGUGCUACUACUGCUGGCUGUAGUUCAAGCCGAAAAAGACAAACAACAUGCUCGCUCCGCAUCGCGCGUCUCGCCGGCACUGAAGAACGUGCAGGAGACGGAGAGCAGCUACUGGCGGGAGAAGGCGCAAAGCACGCUGGCGGCCAAGUUGGCGGCGCUGGAGGCGUUGCAAACGAAGCAGGCGAAGAAUGUGAUCAUGUUUCUGGGCGAUGGCAUGUCCGUGCACACGGUGACAGCCACACGGAAUCUGUUGGGCGACAGCUCCGAGAAGGUGUACUUCGAGCAGUUCCCCUACACGGGUCUGGCCAAGACGUACUGCGUCAAUCGGCAGGUGGCCGACUCGGCCUGCACCUCGACCGCCUAUCUGGGCGGUGUCAAGGGCAACUAUGGCACCAUUGGGGUCAAUGCGAAUGUGCCCCGUUACGAUUGCAAGGCUGCCUAUGUGGCUGAGGAUCAGGUGGACAGCAUUGCCAAGUGGGCGCAGGAUGCGGGCAAGGAUGCCGGCUUUGUGACCACGGCACGUGUCACACACGCCUCUCCAGCGGGCAUGUAUGCCCACAUUGCCGAUCGCAACUGGGAGAACGAUGCGGAGGUGAGCGAGGCGCAGUGUGAUCCCGAGGAGAGCAUCGACAUCGCCCGCCAGCUGGUCGAAUGGGAGGUGGGCAAGCGGCUAAAGGUCAUUUUGGGUGGCGGCAAGCAGAACUUUCUGGACCGCAGCAUGCGCGAUGAGGUGGGCCAUCCCGGCUAUCGCCAGGACGGACGCAAUCUGAUCCAGGACUGGCUGGCCGACAAGCAGGCACAGAAUGCCAGCGCCAGCUACGUCUGGAGUCGCAAGGGCCUGACCGAGCUGGACCUGGACAACACAGACUAUCUGCUCGGCCUGUUUGCCAACGGCCAUCUGCCCUAUGACGGCGAUCGGGCACGCAGUCCCAGGAACAGCCAUCUAGCGGAUCCCUCGCUCACCGAGCUGACGGAGGCGGCGCUGCGCGUGCUCCAGCGCAACGAGGCCGGCUACUUCCUGUUCGUGGAGGGCGCACGCAUCGAUAUGGCGCAUCACUCGAACUAUGCGCGCCGCUCGCUGGAGGACACCGCCGAGUUCGCGCGCGCCGUGCAGCGGGCACGCGAAAUGACCGACGAGUCGGAUACCCUGAUUGUGGUUACCUCGGAUCACUCGCACGUCAUGACCAUCAACGGUUACCCGCUGCGCGAGCAGGCGAUUACGGGCCUGGCCAAUAAGCUGGCCGACGACGAGCUGCCCUACAAUAUACUCUCGUAUGCCAAUGGACCCGGUUUUGAUGGCACCUACAACAAGGCCGAGGGCCGCAAACGCAUCACCCAACAGCACACGGAGCAUCCGCUCUAUGUGAGCCCCGCGAUGGUGCCCCUCAACGCGGAUACCCACGGUGGCGACGACGUGGCCGUCUUUGCCUCCGGGCCAUAUGCCCAGUACUUUAGCGGCAACUAUGAGCAGAGCAACAUUCCCGCCCUGAUGGCAAGGGCGGCUGCCAUCGGACCCUAUGCCAAUGUCUGGCCCUAGAUGGAGUGCGUGUGCGAGUGCGAGUGUGUGUGCGAGUGCGAGUGUGUGUGGAGUUGUAUUUGCCUGUUUUUGUCAAUUCGAGUGGCGAAAUGCAAUUAAAACGUGAGCAAAAUUG